AUGACGAGGCACCAGCAGCCAAGCUCGGAAAGGGUGUCAGGUACAGCGACGAAACGAACACCCUUGCCCGUGGCCCAGCUCUCGAUUCUCCUCUUUUUGAGGUUCUGCGAAUCCGCUUUCACGUUCGUGAUCUACCCCUUCCUUGAAGAGCUCCUCGCAUCGCUGACGGGAGACGAGGAGAAAAUCGGGUAUUAUGCUGGGGUCAUGGAAUUCGCCCGUAACCUUGUCUCACUGGCCACAGUCAUGUUCUGGAGUCGGCUCUCGGACCACAUUGGCAGAAAGCCUGUCCUUCUCCUCGGAACGUUCUCCAUAGCUAUUUCCAUGGUCUCGUUCGGGUUCUCAAAGGUUUUUUGGCUGCUCGUGCUCAGUCGUUGUAUCUUUACAGCCUUCAACAGCAAUGCUGGUGUCAUCAAGAGUAUGAUUGGUGAAAUAACGGACCACACGAACAGUGCCAGCGCCUUCGCGUUGCUCCAUGUCCCUUGGGCUCUCGGUUAUUCUUUUGGAGCCUUCAUUGGUGGAUGGCUUGCGCGUCCAAACGACCAUUUUCCCGACAUUUUCUCUGGCAAAUUUUGGACGACAUACCCGUACCUCUUACCAUGUGCCGUUAUCGCUGCUCUACCGUUACUCGGCUGUCUCAUUACGAUAUCCUAUCUCAGCGAAACAUUAAAUUCAGGAUGGUUCUCUAAGUCUUCUCCACUCGCUCAGGACGAUUCAGAAGCAUCGCAGCCUCUUCUCGCGCCGGUUGGACACCGCGCAGAUGCCCCAGUUGAAGGUGAACAAGUCCCAUUUCGACAGCUCCUUACCCGGAAGGUCCUUGUCCCCAGCCUCAACUACACCUGGUUCGCCGCGCUGCACGCAGCCGCCAACACCAUCCAGCCACUGUUCCUCGCCAUGCCCGUCAAAAUCGGGGGUUUGGCCCUACCGCCUCGAUACAUAGGCUACAUCCUGGGUGCAUACGGUCUCGUCAACAGCGUUUUCCAGUCUUUUUUUCUGGGCCGGCUUGUGAGGCAGUUUGGUGUUAAAACCAUCUUUGUAUGCGCCGUGUCGGCUUUGGUCCCGAUUUUUGCACUGCCGCCGCUUAUGAACACAGUCGCAAGAGGACGAGGGGUUGACGGGGUUGUGUGGACGAUGCUUGCCUGCCAGUUAGCAUGUAUGUUCUUCAUGGAGUCUGCAUAUGGCUGCAUAUACAUGUUCAUAACUGCAUCCGCGCCUAAUAAGCGCCCCCUGGGUGCCAUUAAUGGGCUUGCACAGACCCUUGUCUCUGUCGGUCGCAUCACCCUACCAGCUCUGGCGAGCAGUUUGCUGUCGUUGUCUAUACAAAAGAAUAUCCUUGGCGGAUAUGGCUCAUAUUUCACCUUGAUGUUGUUCGCUCUGGGAGGGAUUAGGUUGGCGAAACUGUUGCCUCAGGAAUUGGAGGAGUUAACGGACUAG